AUGGUUCUAUUUGAAAUACUCACAAGUAAUAAUUCUUUAUCGUUUGAAAAAAAAAUGGAAAAAUAUUAUUAUUAUCGAUGACUCAUUAAUUAUAAUAAUUAAAAUGACUUUGGGAAUGUGUUUUAUUAUAUGUAAGGUAUAUAAAGACAUCAAAUUGUUGAGAGAUUUCGUUCCGGAUUAAGGACAGGUAACCUGCGCCUGGAGAACCUUGAACUAUCACCGAUGUUUAUUAGACCGCCUGGGUUGUAAGAAAAUGUGCAACAUUAUUCACAGCGAAAAAGAAAUUACAUAAUUAAUCGUAGAGAUUCUUAAAACUUUCUAACCGACGAUAUAAUCAAAAUGAGUUUGAAACACUUGGCUGCCGGAUCAGUUGCCCCGCCCAUUGUAUCAGGAAAAAUACGUUUGUAUAGCAUGCGAUUUUGUCCGUAUGCCCAAAGAAUUCAUUUAGUACUUGACGCGAAACAUAUACCACAUGAUGUUGUUUAUAUUAAUUUGACAAAUAAACCUGAAUGGUUACUAGAAAAAAGUCCUUUGGGCAAAGUUCCUUGUAUAGAAUUGGAAGGAGGAGAAACAUUAUAUGAAAGCCUUGUGAUUGCUGAAUAUUUGGAUGAUGCAUAUCCACAAAACAAACUUUAUCCUACUAAUCCCCUUGCUAGAGCUAAGGAUAAGUUGUUAAUUGGUAGAUUUAACUCUGUUAUAAAUACUUUGUAUAAGUUAUACGUCAGUACAUCUAUAGACAGAGACAUAUUUGAUGAAGUCUUAUCAGAAUUGGGUCUUUUUGAAAGAGAACUUGUAUCAAAAGGAACACCAUUCUUUCAUGGUAGUUCUCCUGGUAUGUUAGAUUUUAUGAUAUGGCCAUGGUGGGAGAGAUCUGAUGUAAUUAGAGUUUUACGUGGAGAUCAGUUUACUAUACCACGUGAUAGGUUCAAGAGACUGUUGGAAUGGAGAUCUGCCAUGAAGGAGAAUCCUGUUGUUCGAGCUAGUUACUUAGAUACCGAAGUACAUGCUAAGUACAUGCGGAGUCGUCGUGCUGGAACGCCACAGUACGAUUUAGUUACUGCUUAAGUUAAUAACUCCUAAUUUGUAUCUUCGAAUAUAUAUGUUUAUAAAUAAUAUAAUAUAUUUAGAAAUGAAACAUUACUCGCAGAAUAUUGCUAAUAAUUUAACGAUUACCAGUUUAUAAAUGUUGUGAAUUUGUUGUAAAACUAAUAUAAACAUAACUUUCUAUUUCGUUAACUAUUUGUGUAAUAACCAUGACAAAUCUAUUUUAUAUUAUAAAAUAUAUCUACGUGAUUUAAAUAAAAUAUAUUGGCAUAUCAA